GAUAUUCACAAGGAUUAACGCAGAAAAAAAGUCCUAGAGGAUCCACCAUGUCCAGACCCAUUGCGCACAUCAGAAACUUAAUCCCGGGUGGUGGACUCCCAGACAGUCGACCACCGGAGAACAACCUUCAGGAUGUUACCAUGAAUUUGGAAAAGGUUGAUUAUGUGAUGGAGCAGGACAAGAGAAAAAUGUCAUUCUUCAAUCCCCUUGAUCCCAUACCAAACUUUGAAUUUUAUGCUAAAGACACUUGGACUGGACGUAUAAAAAGUGCCAGACCUUCACUAGAUGUUCUGCGCAAAUCACCGGACCCUGAUGAUCUUCCUCCAUCACCAGAGGAUGAUGGACGGCCCAAAGUCAAACUUGUUCGGUUUGGAUGGGUUCUGGGAGUCAUGAUUCGCUGUAUGCUGAAUAUCUGGGGAGUCAUUAUGUUUCUGCGGCUGCCGUGGAUCACGUCUCAAGCUGGAAUCAUUCUGACAUACGUCAUCAUCUUCAUGUCUGUCACCAUCACAACAAUCACAGCGACGUCAGUGUCUGCAAUCUCCACCAAUGGGAAGGUCUACUCUGGUGGUACGUACUUCUUGAUUUCACGAAGUCUGGGUCCGGAGCUUGGAGCGCCCAUUGGUUUGCUCUUCUCGUUCGCCAACGCUCUCGCCUGCUCGCUCAACACAGUGGGAUUUGCAGAAACCGUGAGAGACGUUCUCAAAGAAAACAAUGCUCAGAUGGUGGACGACGUGAAUGACGUGCGGAUUAUUGGGACGAUUACGGUCUGCAUCCUCCUCCUUAUCACAUUCGCUGGCAUGGCAUGGGAGGCGAAGGCUCAGAUCCUGUUCUUCAUUGCGCUGUUGAUCUCCUUAGCUAAUUAUUUUGUUGGGACGUUCCUUCCUCCCACUCCAGAGAAGCAGGCGGUGGGAUUUUUCGGCUACCGCGCUGAGAUUUUUGUGGAUAAUCUGCUGCCUUCCUUCCGAGGAAAAGACGGCUCUUUCUUCAGGAUGUUUUCAAUCUUCUUUCCCUCUGCCACAGGAAUUCUGUCUGGCGUCAACAUUUGUGGAGAUCUCAAGGAUCCCUCUGGUGGGAUUCCUAAAGGGACCCUGCUGGCCAUUUUCUGGACCACAGUGAGCUAUUUACUCAUUGCAAUUACAGUCGCUGCAAGUGUGGUAAGGGAUGCCUCCGGCAGUCUUAAUGACAGCUUAGCGCUCGAUUCCUCAAUCCAGUGCAGUGGUUUGGGCUGUAAACUGGGCUGGAACUUCGACCACUGUGAACAAAACCACACCUGUAGCUUUGGACUGGCAAACUACUUCCAGAUUCUUACCACUGCUUCUGGAACUGGUCAUUUGAUCACCAUUGGGAUCUUUGCAGCUACUUUGUCGUCAGCGUUGGGUUUCUUGGUUUCUGCACCCAAAAUAUUUCAGUGUCUGUGCAAAGAUAACAUUUACCCCUACAUCGGCUUCUUCGGGAAAGGUUACGGGAAAAACCAAGAGCCUCUACGUGGAUAUUUGCUGAUGUUCUUCAUUGCGUUGGCCUUCAUCCUCAUCGGUGAUCUGAACACAAUCGCUCCUCUGAUCUCCAACUUCUUCCUCUGCUCUUACGGCCUCAUUAACUUCAGCUGCUUCCAUGCCACCAUCACCAAAUCACCUGGUUGGCGUCCACAUUUCCACUACUUUUCUCCAUGGACAUCUCUGUUUGCUGCUUUCCUCUCCUUCAUCCUCAUGUUUCUGUUCACGUGGUGGGCUGCUCUGGUCACGUUCGCUAUCGUCCUCUCCCUCUUAGGAUACGUCACCUACAAGAAGCCAAAGAUUAACUGGGGAACGUCCUAUCAGGCCAGUUUCUACAACAUGGCUCUGUCCUUCUCAAUGUCUCUGACUGGUGUAGAGGACCAUGUUAAAAACUUCAGGCCUCAGUGUCUUGUUUUGACCGGCCCUCCAAAUGUCCGUCCGGCUUUGGUGGACUUUGUGGGCACUUUCACCAAAAACAUCAGCCUGAUGAUCUGUGGGAACAUUUUUAUGGUGGAGGAGAGAUCCAGGUUUCCACAGCACAGCACUGAUAUGCUGGUGGACUGGCUGAAUCAGAGGAAAGUUCGUGCUUUUUACACGUCCUUCACUGCGGACAGUCUGAAAGAGGGAACACACAGUCUCAUACAAGCUUCAGGUCUUGGCAAACUGAAGCCGAACACGCUUGUUUUGGGAUAUAAGACAAACUGGCAGGAGUGUAAACCAGAGAGAUUACAGGACUACUUCAACACCAUCAGCGAUGCGUUUGACUCCAGCUACGGUAUUGCAGUUCUGAGAAUGAUGGAUGGAUUGGACAUAAGAGAAGAUUUGAGUUCAGGCCGAUCGUCUGCAAUUGACAAUCCAGCGUUUGAGGCAGAUGAAGUUACAAAAUCAGAAAAUGAAGAGACCGACCGAAAUUCAGAUAUCUCUGACGACGGCUCCAAUGAUCAGGUCAAAACAGUGUUUCAGACCAAACAAGGCAGGAAGACCAUCGACGUCUACUGGAUCUCUGAUGAUGGAGGUCUGACUCUUCUUGUGCCGUAUUUGCUGACAAGAAGAAACCGCUGGAAGAAGAGCAAAAUUAGAGUGUUUAUCUUAGGAGAGCAAGAGACCAUGAAGGAAGACCAUAAAGACAUGAAGAUGCUGUUAAAGAGAUUCCGGCUGGAGAUCGAGGACAUCAUCGUGAUCACAGAUGUGGAUAAACCUCCUCUAGCUAAAAAUUUGCAGCGGUAUGAGGACUCCAUCGCCCCCUUCAGGCUGACCGAAGAACACACCAGGGGAGACCUGCAGGAGUUCAGGAGACUCAAUCCGUGGACGGUUUCUGACAAGGAUCUGGAGGCUAUUAGACCCAAGAUUGAGAGGACGGUGCGACUAAAUGAAAUCAUCAAGAAGAACUCCACCCACGCUGCUCUGGUUGUAGUUUCUCUCCCAGUGCCGGAUCUCAACUGUCCCAGCUCUCUCUAUAUGGCCUGGAUGGAGGCGCUGAGUUUCGGGAUACACUGUCCUGCCCUGCUCAUCCGAGGAAACCAAGAGAACGUCAUGACCUUCUACUGCCAGUAAAACUCAUCAUCAAACAUUGAUAUCUGCACAUAAAGCUGCAGUCACAUAGAGCAAUGGAAAUAUGCUCAACUUUGUGGUAAACUUGGGUCUGUAUUCACAAAACAUCUUACCUCUAAAAGUUGCUACUAAUUGCUGAUUUAAGAGAAUUGUUUUUAAGUAACAUAUGUGUCAACCCUAAAUAUUUAUUCUUAAUGUAUUUCAUCAAGUGUUUUAGCACUAAAACCAGAUAAAUCAAUGACACAUUAACAGUGGAGAAGAGACUCCGGAUUCAUUCAUUCACUUGUUUUCCUUCGGCUUAGUCAUUUUAUUUAUCAGAGGUCGCGACAGCGAAAUGAACCGCCAACUUAUCCAGCAUAUGUUUUAGACAGCGGAUUUCCUUCCAGCUGCAACCCAGUACUGGGAAACACCCAUACACUCUGCUAUUCACACGUACACACUACGGUAAAUUAAGUUCAUCCAGUUCACCUAUACGCUUAUUUCACGCGGCCGCCAUUUUAAAUAACCAAAGCGAGCGGUGAGAAGACACCCGGAAGUAUAGGAUCAGCACUGUAAACAUUGCAGUAACAUGCUGUGGACUACACACCUCCAGCUGUUGCAGAGAUUUCAAAAUGCAGAACUGGUGUAAACAUCACUUUAAUAUCAUUCAGUAAGUUUAAUUUAAACAAUUAAAAGCAAUUUAGCAUCAAACAACAUCACAAUCUCUGUAAGCAGGGGCGUCGCU